CAGUCACAAAACAGGUGCACCCCAUUGAUGUGCCACAAAAACCCAAACAGUGUGCACAGCUGCUAGCUAAACGGAGCAUAGUAAGAAAGCGGCGCAGGCCUAACGUUAGUGACAGUAUUUUGUAACGGUUGUUUUUAAAGUGGCACCGGGACGAAGCCGUUUCUCACUACGUUGUUUUUAGCGUCUAUUGUAGCUGAAGUUACCCGAGGUUGUCUCAUGAUUUAACUUGAAUACUGACGGAAAGUAGAGUGAAGAGAGGUUGGAUUGAUGUGCGUGGCUUCAAGACAAGAGGCACCAUGAGUGCGGAGUUGGAUGCACUGACUGUGGUGAACCAGCUGCGAGAUCUUGCUGCGGACCCCCUGAACCGAAGAGCCAUAGUAGAGGAUCAAGGCUGCCUGCCAGGUCUCAUCCUUUUUCUGGACCACCCCAACCCACAGGUCGUCUACUCUGCACUCUUGGCUGUGCGCUACCUGGCAGAAUGUCGAGCCAACAGGGAGAAGAUGAAGGGCGAGCUGGGCAUGAUGCUGAGUUUGCAGAAUGUCAUGCAGAAGAGUACAUCCCCCGGAGAAACCAAACUCCUGGCCUCUGAGAUCUACGAAAUUUUGCAGGCAGCCGGUAAAGACGAGGCCGAACAGGCCGAGGCAGAUGCUGCCUCCUGCCGACGUAAAGCCCAGUUCUUCUUGGGCUCUAACAACAAGAGGGCCAAAACUGUGGUGCUGCACAUCGAUGGACUAGAUGACUCUACCCGGAGGAGCCUUUGUGAGGAGGCCUUGUUAAAGAUCCGAGGGGUCAUCAGCUUCACCUUCCAGAUGGCCGUCAAGAGAUGUGUUGUCAGGAUCCGCUCUGACCUUAAAGCUGAAGCGUUGGGCACAGCAAUCAACUCCACCAAAGUAAUGAAAGCCCAGCAAGUGGUGAAGACGGAGGAUGGAGGAGAGCUGAUACUGCCAUUCCAGGAGGGCUCGGCAGUGCUGGUGGAGGAGAACACAGACAUCCCAGACUACCUGCCUGAGGAGGAGAGUCCGUCCCAGGAGCAGGACAAGGCCGUCACACGCGUAGGCUCCAUCACAGACGGCAUGGGCUGGCUCAACACGGCCGCCAACUUCCUGACGCGCUCCUUUUACUGGUGACCACUUCCUGUGCUCAUUCUCUACUCCCUUUUUUUUUUUCUCCUCUAAAGUAACCAUCCAGCUGCAGCGUUUUGGCAUCUCUCAGCCUAGUCCCGGACUAAGCCCUGUCUCACGGCCUUACACUAGUCUAGCCCCCCCCCCCCCCUCUGCAAAGCACACGGAGCCCGGCCACGCGUGUGUGCGACAAGUGCUGGACUGCCAAGUGGAACCUGCAAUAACUUUAACUUGUGUAUAUAUUGAGCUCCAAAUUCCACCACUGGCUGUAUGUGCACAACUAUAUACUAGCUGCAUAUGUAUCUCACAAAACAUCACCAGAGGACUUUAAAUCAGACAAAACCAAAUAGCAUUCUGGUAAUGUGUGUCGCUGCGUUGACAGAGUUUACACGUGGCAGGCAUAUUUAAUAGUUCUAAGGCUGAUUUUUACAUAUGUUGAAAAUUGGGAGUUCGUUUUUUUUGCAUGGUUUUGGUUGCUUUUCUCCAGGUGUCGAUUCCCAAUCAUUGUACUUUUACUACACAUGUAGUACAUACAACUACAUGUUUUUCAUAUCUUUCAUCCUUUAAUUUCCCAAUUAAGCUGAUUUUUUUUUUCUUCCCUCUUGUUUUUUUGUUUUUUUAGCAUGCUUUGAGUCUUUUGUGCCAAUCUCGCCUGAUGCCUAGAUCCUCGAUUAUUGUGUGUGCCUUUUUGACAUUUCACUGUAAUUAUUAUUUAUUCAUCAUUGUAACUUCAUUCAAAUAAUUUGAGAGCUCAGAGCACGUCAGAUGUAACAUUUGUGCUUCCCAGGUGGCCCUUAGCAGCAGCCGGCCUCGUCCAGCUUUUUAGCUCACUGAGGGACGUCACUUCAGUAGAAUUAACGAACUAGACACCAGCAAGAGGCUGCAGCCCCGUUCAGCCACUGGCAUACAUGUCAGUAUCAUAAGACUGUUUUGUUGUGUACUGAUUAGCUAGUCGGCUGAUUAAUACACCACCCCUCACUGCGUUUUAGUUGUUUCUGUCACAAAUCAGGACUCCUGUGAUGAUGCUAUAAUGCAGGGGAAAAAUCAAAAGUGAGUUCUGUAGCGGCGGCGAAUCGGCUGAUGGCUACUUGUGUUUAAUUGCACAGACUUUAGGCUACCUCUGUUUUCAGCCCUCUAUCUCACGUCUUGCAUUACGGUCUUCUGUAGGUUUAGGUCAGCAUGGCGAAGACACACCUGGUAGAUGCCUGCUUGUACUUAAUUUCUCGCUUUACCUGGAAUUCCACUCACAUUUUUUACAGUAUUGUAGCCCCACCUGUUCAGCUCAGUUUUUUCAGUUUAGCCAGCAGUGUCCUUAAAGCAAAGAUCAUGUUGGUGCACGCUCACACACGCAUACAGAGGACUCACUAAUGCUGUCAUAUGAGCAGUAGUGGUAUACUGUAACAAUGGUGUGGUUAUGUACAUUUUGUAAAUGGUGCCUGAUUCCCAACAGUCGCACAUGUGAAGGAAACUGUUUUUUUUGUAAUAUUGAUUUGCAUUUUAUGUCACAAAUGGGAGAAGAGGUCGUAGCAGCCAAUGCUAACACUUCUAGUGAGUUUUUUUUAUUCUUAAGCUCCUACUACCCUGUGACUCACACCAGGUUUAAUCAUUAUCUCCUCUGAAUUGUGUGUGUCAUUAACAAUUAUUAUAUCCAGUGCUGACUAGGCGGCUUUUAUUGUUUUGAUGGUGCAGAAACGUCACAGUUGGUUGAGGUCAAACUGGCACAGAAUGACCUGAAUAAUCUGAGUCAAUGGUGGUUAUUCUCUGGAAAAGCAAUAAUAUUUUUUGCAUUAGUGAUUAUAGUUCAGCAGCAGCCUUCAAUAUAAUGUUUUUGAAUGAAAGGUAUUAGUUAAGUCAUUAUCAGUAUUAAAUUUAAGCAUCUUUUCUUUGUUUUGCACACAAUUAAUCUCCAAGGUACAUCAUGUAAUUUCAUUUUAACAAUAGCGAUGUCUCGGUUCAUACUGCAAAGCAAGAAUACUUGAACAUGUUUAUUAGAACUGCAUUCAUGUGAUGAUCAAAUUCCCUCCUGAUAGAUUAACCACAUCUGUAAGGUUGACAAAGAACGGCAAACCAACAAUGUAACUUCAUGUGUAUAGACUUCAUCAAAUGUAUUAUAAUGUAAUGCAGAUCUUAAAACUGUAGAUUCCCUUACACUGUUAAUGCAAAUGAUGAUAAACCUAAAAUCUAA